CCUUUACCAGCUUGAGACUAAAACCUCCCAAAAUAGCGCUGACUGCUCCGCCACCGUCAAGGGUUUCUCUCCCAUUUCGAGCUCACUCUGCUGCCACCACCCUCCGCAGAGUCAUACUCUCAGGGGAAAGAAGAUCAAUUCAGAGAUGGCUGCUGGUCUGGCUUCCAAAUGGUCUCGUGUUGGCCGUUCAUUGUUGGGGGGACUUGGAAACAACUUGUCUAAUUUACUGAACACGUCACUUGAGAUGGCAUGCAACAAUUCCUUAUCUCAGCAGCAAAGGACUUUCAUUCAGAUGAGGACGGUUCUCAAAGUUGUGGACAACUCUGGGGCAAAAAAGGUGAUGUGCAUACAGGCCUUGAAGGGGAAGAAAGGUGCAAGGUUGGGAGACACAAUAGUUGCAUCUGUCAAGGAAGCCCAUCCAAAUGGAAAAGUCAAGAAAGGAAAGGUUGUGUAUGGUGUGGUUGUCCGUGCAGCCAUGCAACGCGGCCGUUGUGAUGGCAGUGAAGUCAAGUUUGAUGACAAUGCUGUGGUACUUGUUGACAAGCAAGGGCAGCCAAUUGGGACGAGAGUUUUUGGGCCCGUCCCUCACGAGCUAAGGAAGAAAAAGCAUGUCAAGAUUCUUACUUUGGCGGGGCAUAUUGCGUAGAGUGUGGGAGUCUUUGGAGUCCAGAUGCAGGAGUGAUAGCAUAGGCAUUGUUUGGAUAAAUCUAGCAUAUGCUUGGUUAGACUCUUGAAUUUUGCCUGAAUUUGUCUGCAUUGAAAAAAGAAAGAAAAAGAAUGUUUUUUAGUCCCAUCAAUUUUCAAGCAGUGAGAUGAUAGCCAAGUGACCUGUAACUUUUAACUAAUUGAAUGCCUAUAUUGCUUGUCAUUAGUUUAACACUAAUCUUGUGUAAGGUGUCAUAAACAAAUGACAGAGAAUGUGGUUUUCAACUAAUUACCAUUAGCAGGUCCCUAGCUUUGAGAUAAUUAAGGGACUGUUUGGUAUAUCAUAGAAUCUGGUGUGCUAUGACUUGUAUAACUGGUUUUAAUCCUCUGCAGUUUGGUAAAUUUUUUUUGGUACAGAAAACUGGACUUUUCAACCUCGUAAA